AUGGGUCCCUGUACGGCCUCCCAUUGCUGCUGUCUCCAUCGCCACACUCUGCCAUGUGCCACUUUCAGGUCUCCUCACACUCCUGCUGGUUUCCAUUUUGUCAUAGGUUGCUGUAUGGCCUCCCAUUGCUGCUGCCUCCACCGCCACACUGUGGCUCCAAACACUGGUUUUGGCCCCCGUGACUGGCCAAAUGAGUGAAGUGUGCGGUGAUUCUAAGAUCGACGGCACUCAUCUGCAUGUCAUACUGAGUGACAGUAUUAUUUCUCUUCCCCAGCAGACUCCAAGGGCAUUUAAAUUAAAGUACAGUGUUCUGCACUAAUAUUA